AGCGAGGAAGGCAAUGUGAGACAAAAGACCAGUGGUGUGAGAAGGUGCAGCAUGCAGAUGGACUUCUCUACAGGGCGACUGUAAUCUGCAUGCUCGCAACUUCUUUAUGGAUAUUUGGUUGUCUUUGCCAUAGCAACAGAGCUGCAAAACGAUGCUGUAAAGACCUUGCUGAGGCUCAGUUUGCACAGCAGGCAGAGGGAGCGGGAGCGGGAGAAGACAGCCAAGCAGCGAAGUGCUUGCUUGCAGUUGCACUUCGGCAUGAAACUGGAGGAAUUUUCCCUUUUCCUCAAGUCAGGACCGGGGAAGAUUUGUGACACCAGGCUCUGAAGUGCCUGAGGUUGCGAUCUCAGCUGCUCGCUUCUCUCUUAGUCCGUGGGAGACAAAUGGAGGGACGCAACAAUUGCGUUCUUCACUCAGCAUGUUGGAGCAGCUGUGGACCGGAUCCUUUUGUAUCAGGCAGGCGAGUAAUUGCCUUUGUCCAUCGCGUGCAAUCGACUGUGGGUAAAUGAAGAAGAGCAAGGACCCUUUCACUUCAUGUCUGAAAACCUCCUGUCUUGCUUCCAGAAUUUCUUCAUAUAGUGCCUCGCUAGGUUCUGUUUACCUCUGUCUGUUAAUAUCCCCUCCCCUUUCUCUCUCCCUCUCGCUCUCUCUCUCUGUCUCAUCGUCUCUCUCUCACUCUCCCUCCUUCCCUCCCUCCCACAGCUUGUUAUCUCUCCUCCCCUCGCUCUUUCAAAGCCAGUAGUCUGUCUACAAUCCAGUCCACACGCUGCUUGCUACAUGAUCUCUCAGAGAAGCUGCGUUCACGUCUUGCCCUCCCGCCUCCAUGCGAGAGAUAUCCUUUAGAAUUUCAUCCUCGGGACAGCAGGAUGCCUCAGUGCAGGCGCUGAUUCCCUCCUUUUUUUCCUUGUGCCUUUCCCCUUCCCCUCCCCUCUCCUAAUCUCCUGCCCUUUGACCCUCACCCUCCUCCUUUUUCCUCUUGACCACCCCUAUUCCUCAUCCACCUUCCCUUUCCCUUCCCUCUCUUCCCUCCUUUUUGUACCCUCUUGACCAUGUUGCCAUGUGUUUGCCGGCUCCAGCCUCUCCUCGCCUUUGUAUCGUUUGCCUUGCUGACUCAAGGGGAAAACUGUCCAGCCACCUGCCUGUGCCCGGACCAUCACACCGUGGACUGUAGCGGCCGAGGACUUACUCGCCUUCCUGACGAAAUCCCGCUGGACGUUCGGCGGCUGUUGCUUUCGGACAACUGGAUCCCGCAGAUCCCCUCUGACUUCCUUGUGCUCUACAGUGACUUGGUGUACCUGGACUUGCGAAACAACUCGCUUUCCCACAUUGAGCCGGGGACCCUCAGCACCUCCUCCAGGCUGGUCUUCCUGGACCUGGGCAGCAACAACCUGACCGAAAUCCCCAAAGGAGCUUUCGGCGAGUCACGGAGCCUGAUCAAGUUGCGUUUAGGCAACAACCCGUACCUGAGCAUGGUCAACGAGGAUGCCUUCAGGGGUUUGACCUCACUGAGAGAACUUGAACUGGAGCGCAAUGCCCUGUCUGGCCUACAGGUGGGGGCGCUGAGCCAGUUGCCUUCACUGCGUGUGGUGAGGUUAGAGGGCAAUCCUUGGGUGUGUAAUUGCACCUUUGCUAACCUCUUCACUUGGCUAAAUGAGAACAGUCACAAGCUUCCAAAUGGUAUAGAGAGCAUGGAGUGCUCCUUACCGAUGGACGGCCGUCGCGUGCCUCUCAGUCAGCUCUCUCAGGACAGUUUUCGGGAGUGCCAAGUCACGCUGACCCUCACUGACUUCCUCAUUAUCAUUUUCUCCGGCAUCUCCGUGUCGGUGGCAGCCAUCAUGGCUAGCUUCUUCCUGGCCUCCACCGUCCACUGCUUCCAGCGCUGGAGCAAAGGCACGAAAGGAGAGGACGAGGAGAACGAGGAGUGAAGAGGAACUGUGACUGAAACUCAACCAAAGUUAGGAUAAUCUGAACGAUCAGCUCUGCAGUGAGAGCUGAGGUGCUGGGUAAGGGCAGAAGGACGUGGCAUCUUUGGUUGAUAAGAGCAACACAGCGGUGUUUAAGAAUGGUUGAUCACCAUUGGACAGGUAUUAUGGAAACUAGCCAUAGUAUUCAAAUUUCUAUGUGCAUUAUUCUGUUUAUCCUGCCACUGUCAGUAUUACAAUUCGGUGUCUUUAGCAAAGUAUUUCACUGAUUAACGAUAACAGUAGUCAAAAUUAAAUAUCAAAUUACCUAAAAAAAAA